AUGGCUCGCGAACUCAGAAAGCACCAUGAUCUACUUGAGAGCCUUUACAUCAAGCAGGAUAUGAAAAUUCAGCAGGUUAUUGCGUACAUGAAGAGCGAGCAUUCCAUCACCGCCGGAAAUUCAACCUACGAACGUCUCUUCAGAGAGUGGGGCUUGAGCAAGAACAAAAAAGGCGAGAACUGGGCCUGGGUCGACCACAGGAUGCGCAAACGGCAUGGCGACGGCCGAAAAAGCGCUCUCUAUAUCCAGGACAGGCGGAUUCCGAUGAAUGAAAUCCAGAAGGAGAUAUCUCGUCACGUUACGACUUUGCAGCAGGCAUAUCUUUCGGCGAGGGCAGGUGCGUACACAUCGAUCGAGGCAAGACAUCCCCCUAACCCUCCGACACCAGUCGCCGACCAAUGGGAACCCGACGACACUAGUAGCCCCGUCGGUUUUGACGCCAUCGACAUAGUCGAAAGCCCCGAGGCGGCGACUGGCAGUACCCCCGAGAUCGACCUCCAAGACAAGACAAUGAUUGUGGAAACUCUGCAGUCCUGUGGUGCUUUCAUCAGGAUCUGGGGCUCAAGUGGCCGCAGUAUGUCUCAUCAGAAGAUUCAUGAGCUCUACGAGGCCAUCGCUCAUGGCCUCCUGAUUGCUGCCCAGACGUCCAAAGAAUACGCCAUUCCAAUUGAGAUGACCACUUUCACGACGGGAUUUAAUAUUCUUCUCGGCACAUACCGCAUCGAUUGCGAUUCUGUCCGAGGUGAUGUCGCCCAUGUUGACAAGAGCGAAUACGAGGAUGUGUUCCGUGCGGCACUGUUCCUAGCGGUUCGGAAGGGCGUCUUAGACUUGGUCGAGAUUCUCUGGGGUGUGUUCGGCUCAAAGAACCCGAAGAACAACGAUGGAGAGACGUGUCUGCAUAUUUCUAGCAUCCACAACCAGCCGCGAGUAGUCGAGUUUCUACUUAGCCGGAAUGUAGACGUCAAUGUAAGAUCCCGAAAUGGCCGGACACCAUGGACCGCUAUUGGAGGCUCGGCCAGCCACGAGGACGUGUCCAAACUUCUCAUUCAGGCUGGGGCGUGUAUAAACGACACGAGACCGGAAUUGAUGAACAGUCUAUAUGAAUGUGCCGCAGGCGGACAUACAGAAGCAGUCAGGACCUUGCUCCGCAGAGGAGCUGAUCCAUCCUUCCAGACGCCUUACCGCUGGGCUCCUCUGGUAAUUCACCUCUUCAAUUUCCGCGGUUCCCUGAAGACCUAA